AUGAAGUUCGCGACUCGACCGCAUCAUAGGCCGAGCGCUCGUGUCUUUCGUCGUCUGGGCGAGGAAAACACGCAUAUGAUCCUCCUGGCCCUCAUCAUCGCCCUGUAUCUGACUGCUGGAGCAUUCCUAUUUUCCUUGAUUGAGAAACAACACGAGGACAUGGAGCGCAACGUGUUCCACCACGAACUGAGUGCCUUCAAAGCUGCGUACUGUCACUCGACGAUACUCGGUAACUGCUCGGCACUGGACUACCUUCUGGACUUACGAGGCAGCAUGUCUGCCGCCGGCAUUUCGCCUCAGAAAACAAGCUGGGAUUUUUUCGGCUCUUUCUACUUCGUCAGCACUGUGCUCACAACUAUUGGUAAGUUCUUCCAGGUAUAA